GAGCGGAAACAGCUCCUGUUCGCUCCUCCACCCUCCUCUGUUCAAUGACGCUUUACAACAUCGCUUUCAUCAAACACGACACGAAUGAACGCAAGAAUCAAUUACAGGUUUAUAAGGCCUGUUUGACUCUGAAAACUAUGGACCAGGUGUGACCUUGGCGUAUUUCAUAUCAUCUCUUUUACCAACUCUACGUUCUCUAUCAAGAUGGCAUCAUGUGUUUCUGGAUGCUCUUCAGUGAUGAGGUUCUGUCAGAAGCUCAACAGGCUAAAGACGCUGGAGGAUGACGUAAUGGCAACAUCACUGAAGCGUUGUCUGUCCACAGUGGACCUCGCUCUGCUUGGUGUCGGUGGAAUGGUGGGUUCAGGCCUGUAUGUUCUCACAGGAACCGUUGCUAAAGACACUGCAGGACCAGCUGUGGUGGUGUCGUUCCUCAUAGCAGGAGUCGCGUCUCUCAUGGCAGCGCUGUGCUAUGCUGAGUUUGGCGCCCGUGUACCAAAGACAGGCUCCGCCUACAUGUUUACUUACGUUUCUGUUGGGGAAAUCUGGGCGUUCCUGAUUGGUUGGAAUGUCAUUUUGGAGUAUAUGAUUGGCGGGGCUGCAGUUGCUCGUGCAUGGAGUGGCUAUCUAGACUCUAUUUUCAAUCACCGCAUCCAGAACUUCACUGAAAGUCAUGUGAUGCGUUGGGACGUGCCCUUCAUUACUCAUUACCCAGACCUCUUAGCGGCCUCCAUCCUCCUAGUGGCUUCAUUUUUCAUCUCAUUUGGUGUUCGUGUCUCAUCUUGGCUCAACCACAUCUUUUCGGCCAUCAGUAUGGUAGUCAUUGCCUUUAUCUUGGUGUUUGGCUUUGUACUGGCCGACCCAGUCAACUGGAGCGCUCGGGAGGGAGGCUUUGCCCCGUUUGGAUUUUCGGGUAUUAUGGCAGGAACUGCAACAUGCUUCUAUGCAUUUGUUGGCUUUGACGUGAUAGCGGCUUCCAGUGAAGAAGCCAGUAAUCCUCAGAAGGCUAUUCCUAUAGCGACUGCCAUCUCAUUGGGCCUGGCGGCCACAGCGUACGUCCUGGUGUCCACAGUUCUUACAUUAAUGGUUCCAUGGCAUACACUCGACCCAAACUCCGCUCUGUCAGAUGCGUUCUUCAGACGGGGAUACAGCUGGGCCGGGUUCAUCGUGGCUGUGGGUUCCAUCUGUGCCAUGAACACUGUGUUGCUCAGCAACCUCUUCUCUCUCCCGCGGAUUGUGUAUGCCAUGGCGGAGGACGGCCUCUUCUUCUCUGUCUUUUCUCGUGUCAACCCUGUAACCAAAGUCCCGGUGAUCGCCAUUCUUGUUUUUGGCAGCCUUAUGGCAUUUCUUGCCCUCAUCUUUGAUCUAGAAGCACUAGUCCAGUUCCUCUCUAUUGGCACUCUGCUUGCUUACACUUUUGUAGCGGCCAGCAUCAUAGUGCUCCGCUACCAACAGGAUAAAUGUACUGGGAGCUCAGCAGGAAGUGGAAUCGAGAGAGAUGCUUCAUCCACACCUUCACUGAACCAGUCAGGGCAGCAGCUGGAUCCAUCUGUGGCAGUGAACGAGACCCAGACCUUUGCACAGGACAGCGGAGAGCCGAAGGAGUACGAGUCAUUCUCUGAUAAACUUCAGCUGGUGGAGAGGCAGAAGGCGGUGAAGGAGAGACGCGCUGCUGGGACACUGAAGGCUCGCUGGGAACCGUAUCUGGGCCGUAUACUGGGGGACUGUGAGCCGGGGGAGGUGGUGGCGUUCUCUGUGCUGGCUCUGAUGGUCAGUGCAGUCUCUUUAAGUGCUGUGUUGGUGUUUGGGAGUAACCAGCUGCAUCUGCCUGUGUGGAGCUUCACCCUUCUGCUGGUCAUCUUCAGUCUGGUCUUCCUGCUCAGUCUGGCUCUCAUCUGGGUCCAUGAACAGCAGCCCAAUCACAAGACCUUUCAGGUUCCUCUGGUGCCAUUUAUUCCUGGCUUCAGCAUCCUCCUGAAUGUAUUUCUCAUGUUGAAGUUAAGUCCGCUCACCUGGAUCCGUUUCACCAUAUGGCUCGCAGCAGGUCUUCUGGUGUAUUUCGGGUAUGGCGUCUGGCACAGUAAGGAGGGCUUACGGGAACAGCAGGGGCAGGAAGUGGCAGCGCGUUACGUGGUCCUUCCCAGCGGCAGCCUUGUGGAGACAGUGCAGAACGUCCAGCCUGAAGGACACACUCACAACACACACACACCAACCCUCGACAAUCCACCUGCCAGCAGAUGAUCUGAUCAUGCUGAGGUGUGUUUACAGUACACCUGCAUGCCUACCUGUUGUAUUACUCUUGCUUUCUUUAUCUUGUGUUUCACUUCCGUUUACUCCGGCUGUCAUCAUGUCAAGAUACUGUUCAUCAACUAAAUGGGUUAAAGGAAUGUUUUGGGUUCAAUACAAGUAAAGCAUAAUGUUUAUUACCA